GUGAUCAAGUGAAAACAGCCCGACGAAAUCUCGUGAGAAAUAUUAAUGGUCCUCUGCUUCCCGUUUUGUCCCUGCAAACCCAAGUCGGAGUUAUGAGAGAGGCGCGUUAAUCAUGGAAAGCAGAAACAAGGUGAGGAUGACCUAUGCCCUCCACCUGGACAAGAGGGAUGACUGGGAGGAGAAAGAUGUUCAAGGAAUCCCGUACAUCUUGGGGCUGAUGAGAAGGAGAGUGUUAGAAAUAGUGAAAGGACAUAAAUUUGUGGCAUACACUAUCUACUUUUACGGGUCAGACGGGCGAUUGUAUAGCAUCAUCUCAUCAGCAGAAAUGACGGGCAAGGCACGAAAGGCUCUUAGCAACCAACAUGUCGAAGUCGUUAUCGGACGUGGGUUGAGUGGUGUCGUUAUGGAAAAAGAGGGGGCGGGAGGGAGCGGGCGCGGACUGGUGAUGGGGGUGGAGGAGUCGAUUGUGGUGAAGCAUGUGAGAGAGGAGGUCAGCAAGGGGCAUGUCGGGUUCGUGGGCGAGGGCGGUUGCAAGGUCUUUGUGGCAUACUCGUUUGAUGCGGGAGAUGAACGCGCAGUCGGGAAUGACGGUGUGGGGGAGGUGGUGUCGGAGGGAGCGGAUGUAUUAGACGAAGCGGUCCGUGGGACCGGUCUGGCGGAGGUGGCAAAAUUGUUCAAGGUAGUCGUCAAUGGUUUUCUGGGGGCGGAAGGUGGCAGUGAGGAGGAUGGCCCAUUGGAGGAAGGUGUAGCGUGGUCCUCUGGAGGCUCGGCGGUUGCUAGCUUCAGCCAUCCACCAUUUGGCUGCAUUGCCGAGGAGGCGGGAGGUGGCAAUGGGGAGCCAGUGGGCAAGGGGCAUGUGGUGGAGCUGAAAAGAGUUCUGAAGCUGGGUUAGGAAGAGGAAAACGUCCUCGUGGGGGAGGCGGGAGAAGGACAUGAUUUCACCAGAUC